AUGAACUCCUGCAGGAGGCUUCCGGGGGACGGACUCUGGGAGCAGCAUGGAGCUGUGAGCCGGCCCCGCCCAGUCGCCUCCAUCAGCUGCCACCGGAGGAGAAGGGGGGGGACCAACUGGGAGGGAGCGCCAGUGGACCGGCUCCAGGAGAUGGAGCCCAGCAUGGACAGCUGCCUGGCCCAGGUCCUGCAGAAGGACGUGGGCCGGAGGCUGCAGGUGGGCCAGGAGGUCAUCGACUACGUCCUGGACCGGGACAAGUCCCCGGACCUGGAGCAGGACCAGACCGCGCUGGACAAGAUGGUGGACGCCAUCGCCAGCUCCUGGGUCAACUCCAGUAACUUCAAGGUGGCGCUGCUGGGCCUGGACCUCCUCUCUGCACUGGUGACGCGGUUACAGGACAGAUUCAGGGCCCAGGUGGGAACAGUGCUGCCGAGCCUGAUCGACCGACUGGGAGAUGCCAAAGACCAAGUCCGAGACCAGGACCAGGCUCUGCUUCUGAAGAUCAUGGAGCAGGCCGCCUCUCCGCAGUACAUCUGGGACAGAAUGCUGGGCGGCUUCAAACACAAAAACAACCGGACCAGAGAGGGCGUGUGCCUCUGUCUCAUCUCCACGCUCAACACGUACGGGGCCCAGGGCCUGACCCUAAGCAAGAUAGUUCCUCACAUAUGUAACCUCCUGGGGGACCCCACCAGCCAGGUACGAGACGGAGCCAUGAGCUGCCUGGUGGAGAUCUACAGACACGUGGGGGAGCGGUUUGACGAAGUCCAGAGGUCUGGAAACAUGAUCCCGUCCUCUGGCUCUGAUAAGAACUUUGAGGAUGAGGACUCUGUGGAUGGAGGCAGGUCCUCCUCCUCCUCCUCCUCCAAAGCGCCCCCUGGUGGACGGAGGACUGUGAUGAGCUCUGUGAGACGACCCAGCUCUGCCUCCUCUACCAAGAUCACAGGGAAAGAGGCAGCAGCUGGUGCUGUGGACGAGGAGGACUUCAUCAAGGCCUUUGAGGACGUGCCGGACUUGGAGGAUCAGCUGACCAAGAUCAAAGAGGUUCUGUCUGAUGACAAACACGACUGGGAGCACCGGGUGGUGGCCCUGAAGAAGGUGCGUUCCAUCAUGCUGGCGGGGGCGGCCCAGUACGAGGGCUUCCCCCAGCAGCUGCGCCUCCUGGAGCCGGCCUUCAAGCUGUCGGCCAAAGACCUGCGCUCCCAGGUGUUCGACCACGGAGCGGAGAGCGUCAUGCCCAUCCUGCUCAACCUGGUGCCCAACAGUGCCAAGGUUAUGGCCACGUCCGGGAUGGCUGCCAUCCGCAUCAUCCUCAGGCACACGCACUACCCCCGCCUCAUCCCCAUCAUCAGCAGCAACUGCACCUCCAAGUCGGUGGCAGUCAGAAGGCACGUUGCUGUUCUGACAGAGACCAUCAAGAAAGGCAUCCACGACGCGGACUCUGAGGCCCGCCGGGAGGCGGAGCAUCUGUUCCAGGCCCUGGAAUCCACCUACCAGAAAGCCCUCCAGUCCCACCUGAAAAGCUCCGACAGCAUCGUGUCUCUACCCCAGUCCGACCGCUCCUCUUCCUCCUCCCAAGAGAGUCUGAACCGGCCUUUCUCUGUGAAGAGCGUUAUUGGAGGCAGCAUUAGCAGGGGUAAGCUGCUGAGCAGCCGGGCCCCCACAGCCUCGGGCUCCCUGCAGCGCUCCCGCAGCGACAUAGACGUCAACGCAGCCUCCAGCGCCAAGUCCCGGCUGUCCAGCGUCCCGGCCUCCUCCCCCUUCAGCUCCGCCUCCGCCCUGCCUCCAGGAUCCUACGCCUCCCUAGGCCGAGUUCGCACACGAAGGCAAAGCUCCGGCAGCGUGGGGGGAGCCAGCCCGUCCGUGGUGGACAGCAGGGGGCGAAGCCGGGCCAAAGUGGUGUCCCAGUCCCAGCCCGGCAGUCGCUCCAGCUCCCCGGGGAAGCUGCUGGGCCAGGGCAGCUACGGCCGGAUCCCCAGGGCCCCGCCGGCAGCGGCCCCCAGCACCCCGGCCGACCGCCGCAGCCGGAUCCCCCGCAGCCAGGGCUGCAGCCGGGAGACCAGCCCCAGCCGGCUGGGCCUCGGUAAGGACGCCACGCCCCCGUCCUCUGGGGAGUCCCAGUCAAAGAAACAUACAUGA